UGAAAAUAGAGAUGUAAUUUUUUUCUUCCAUCCAAGUUCACAGAUCCCCUGAAAUCCUGUUUUAGAGGGGAUCCUUGUUCAGGCUGGAUGGUCCCUGAGCUGCCGCUUUGGGAAUCGUGGAUCUAGACCGCAGGAGUUUCAAGCAGGGAUGGCUGGUGUCGGUUUUGGCACAUUCAGAGGUCAAGGAGGACGAGGAUUUGGCAUAGACGUACGGACUUAUCCAAACUACCUGGCAAGGUGCUGGCCAGGGAUUGGGAGCCCGAUGCCUCUGUGCGGUCCGUGCGGCCACUAGCCAACUGACACAAAUAAGGAGGUGGACACACCUCUGCAAACACGGGUUCAUUCAUUCUACAAGCAUUAGGGGGCGGCCUCCCGCAGUGUGCUUGGGACUAGCAGCCUGGGCCCGCACGUUCAGAGCCAGGACCGGAACUGGCAGCUUGAGUCGGAGGACGCCGGACAGAAGUCCAUCCGGGGCCUCAGUUUCCACAUCUGUCCUGCCGGGGGUGGGGGGAGGAGGCUGGCGAGAGGCCAAGCUCUCGCCUCUCGUGGCUCCCCUGCUCGGCGCCUGCCUGGCGGCAGGUUGCCAUGGAAACGAAGGGUAGCGGCAGGGUGGCUGUUCUAGCUGCCGGAUCGCGGAACCGGCCUCUCUGGCCUCCCAGAAUGCGUGCUGCAGGCCUUUGCACAGCAUCACUGGCCUCAGUGGGCUUCCUCCGCUUCCUGGGACUGCCCUGGUCUUGGGGUCUGGCAGCUGUUCUGACUAUCUAUGUGGGCACCGGCGGUUGGCGACUUCUGCGCAUUAUUUUCAAGACAGCACUAAGGGACCUUUUUGGCCUCUCUGUACUAUGCAGUGUCCGCUAUGAGCUCCGACGGCACCAGCAGGCCAGGCACACGAUUCCCUGCAUCUUCCAGGAGUUGGCCAACCAACAGCCACAAAAGGUGGCCCUAGUAGAUGCAGUCAGCGGAAAACAGUGGACGUUCCAGCAACUCGAUGAGUACUCCAAUGCAGUGGCCAACCUGUUCCUGCAGCUUGGCUUUGGGUCUGGCGAUGUGGUUGCCAUGUUCCUGGAGGGCCGGCCUGAGUUUGUGGGACUGUGGCUUGGCCUUGCCAAGGCAGGAGUGGAGGCUGCCUUGCUCAAUGUGAACCUGCGGUUGGAGCCCCUUACAUUCUGCCUCAGCACUUCGGGGGCCAAGGCCCUGAUCUUUGGGGGGGAGCUAGCAGCUGCUAUUUCAGAAGUGAGUGUACAGCUGGGGAAAAACCUAGUGAAGUUCUGCUCUGGGGACUUUGGGCCAGAAGGUGUCACCCCUGAUACUCACCUUCUUGAUCCUAUGCUGAGUGAGGCCUCCACAGCACCCCCUAUGCAAGUGCCUCCUAAAGGGAUGGAUGACCGUCUCUUCUACAUCUAUACUUCUGGCACUACUGGGAUGCCCAAAGCUGCAAUUGUAGUACAUAGCAGAUACUAUCGAAUUGCAGCCUUUGGACACCAUGCCUACAGAAUGAAACCCUCAGAUAUAAUUUACAAUUGUCUCCCUCUGUACCACUCUGCAGGGAACAUCAUGGGGGUAGGGCAGUGCCUUCUGUAUGGGCUCACAGUCGUCAUCAGGAAGAAGUUCUCUGCCAGCCGCUUCUGGGAUGACUGCAUCAAGUACAACUGCACGGUGGUUCAGUACAUUGGUGAAGUCUGCCGUUACCUUCUGAAGCAGCCUGUGCGGCCUGCAGAGAACCAGCACCAUGUGCGCCUUGCUGUGGGCAACGGACUGAGGCCUGCCAUCUGGGAGGAGUUCACCUGCCGUUUUGGGGUCCAGCAGAUUGGAGAAUUCUAUGGUGCAACUGAAUGCAACUGCAGCAUUGCCAACCUAGAUGGAAAGGUGGGAGCAUGCGGUUUCAAUAGCCGGAUCCUGCCCAAUGUGUACCCAAUCCGUUUAGUGAAGGUGAAUGAGGAUACAAUGGAGUUGCUGAGGGAUGCCCAGGGGCUCUGCAUUCCCUGCCAGCCUGGGGAGCCUGGUCUUCUGGUUGGGCAGAUCAAUCAGCAAGACCCACUUCGCCGGUUUGAUGGGUAUGUCAAUGAGAGUGCAACCAACAAGAAGAUAGCAUAUAAUGUGUUCCGGAAGGGAGACAGUGCCUACCUCUCAGGAGAUGUACUGAUGAUGGAUGAACUUGGCUACAUGUACUUCCGGGACCGGAGUGGAGACACAUUUCGCUGGCGUGGGGAGAAUGUCUCUACAACUGAGGUGGAAGGCGUCCUAAGCCGUGUUCUCGGCCAGACUGAUGUGGCAGUUUAUGGAGUGGAUGUGCCAGGAGUGGAAGGCAAGGCUGGAAUGGCUGCCAUUGCUGACCCCCAUUCUACACUGAACCCCAACGCCCUGUACCAGGAGCUACAGAGAGUGCUUCCACCAUAUGCUCGUCCCAUCUUCCUUCGCCUCCUGCCUCAAGUGGACACAACAGGGACCUUCAAGAUCCAGAAAACACGGCUUCAGCGGGAAGGAUUUGACUUGCACCAGAUGUCAGACCGACUCUUCUUCCUGGACCUGAAGCAAGGGAGAUAUAUUCCCAUGGAUGAAAAUGUCUACACUGGCAUCUGCACAGGAGCUUUCUCCCUUUAACAGAGCUUGCUGCCCCAUCCCUUACCCUUUUCUUCUCUGACAGUGAUGGAUGGGACUGAGGACAUCCCCUGCCCUGGACCCAGCCAGUGUCCUUCUUCCCAAAGAAUGGGUAGGGGGGAGGCCCUAAAUUUUCCUAAUGUGAUUUGUCAAAAUUGCUUCCUAAGCCCUUCCCUGACCCUUCCCUCAGGUCCAGGGCUCUGAUUCAAGCAGGAGCCGAAGAGGAUCAGACAGAAGAUCCUCAGGGUUACUGGAGUAUCUGAGGGUUGGGUUGCAACCAAGAGGUUCACAAGAUUCUGAGCAUUUCAGUCUAUGUGGUUCCUUGAAUGUUUCCCAAAUGAGGGUUUGAUACCCCAUCACAGAGUGCUGAGUGGUCUGCCUGGCUCUUCUCUCAGAGCUGGAGGGGACUCCUGACAAACAGGUUGUCUCUGGAGUGGUGGGGUGGGGCAGGGUAUGGGGAGCUGCCACAAAGCCCUGUCUUGUCUGGCCUGCUUCAGCCAGAAUUGGUCAGCAAGGGUCAUUUCUCUGCUUUUCUUUGCUCCUUAACUACAAACUGUCCCAGACAGGAGGGCUACAAUGUCAAUGCCUCUUUUGCACAGAGGGGACCAUUCCUGCCUGUUUUAUUGGUUGUGCCUUAAGAAGCCCUCAGUCAUUAA